AUGUAUUAUUUGAUGAUAUCAGAUCAAAAGUUUCGUUUUUGUGAUGAGAAAUUGGUUGACGAUAUCAGAGCAGCGAGCUUUUCAAUGGACAUCAAGCGACUGACACCUUUUCAACUUUUCCAAAAUGUACAAAUAAAAAAGUCGCUUAGCGUUGAUCAACAUUUUGACAAUGUCAAGAAGCGGAAAAUUAAAAUAAUCAUAAAGCAAGCUGCUGUCAUUGAUUGUUUAAAAAGCGACCCUUGA